UGUUUAUUGACUCAAAUGUAUUAUUCAUAUCAAUUGAUGGCAUGUUUUGAGUUACCAUUAAAUUAGUGAUAUUUUAUGAUAAUUACAUCUAUUAAUUGGAUCAGAUUUGAUAUGAAAUAAUAGUAAACAUAUUAAACAACUUAUUAAAUAAACGUUAAAUAUUUUGUUAAUUUUGUGCAAUUGAUGAAAAUGAGUGCAAUGGAUGAUAUUGUGGACCAAGAAGUUAUUGACAAUGAUGUCAAUCAACUGAACGAAGUUGAGAUGAAUUUGUGUCGACGACGUGGUCUGUCUGAGCAUAUGAUGCUUAGGUAUGUCCACACAUGUGUCGGCCGAAGAAUAUACGAGUCGGCACGCGAUGGGAUGGCCGUCACAUUGUAUGCAUUGCUGACCAAUAUAUCGGAAAAAGAGGCCAAUGAAUACAUGAAUAAGUUGGUGAUCGAUGGCCAGACUCAAUGCACACCAUUGAUAAUAGCGGCCAAAAACGGUCACUUAAAUAUUGUUAAGUUAUUGAUCAUGAAGUUUACACCUAAUCUUGAAAUGGAGGGAUCCGUUCAAUUUGACGGUUAUCUCAUUGAAGGGGCCACUGCUCUCUGGGCGGCCAGUAGUGGUGGACAUCUAAAUAUAGUGAAAUGUCUCGUUGAACAUAAAGCUGAUGUCAAUCACUGGACAAAAACACAUUCAACUCCCUUAAGAGCCGCUUGUUUUGAUGGACGUCUUGAUAUUGUCAAGUAUUUGGUUCAACACAAUGCAGACAUUCAUUUAUCAAAUAAAUUCAAUAACACACCACUUAUGAUAAGUGCAUAUAAAGGACACUUAGAGGUGGUUGAGUAUCUGCUAUCACUCAGUGCCGAUCCUAAUGCCCCGGCUUUAUGCGGUGCCACUGCCCUUCACUUUGCCGCAGAAAACGGUCAUUUACUGGUCAUUAAAGAGCUUUUGUCACACAAUGCUAUCAUUACAAAAAACUCAAUAGGAAUGACACCAAUCAUGACAGCGGCCGCUUCGGGUGCCGCACAUAUUGUCGAGUAUUUCACUAACUCAUCAUUUAAUCAAAUCUCGGAAAUUGAAAGAAUAGAGGCCUUAGAGUUGUUGGGCGCCUCCUAUGCCAACGAUAAGGACUCCUAUGAUUUGGAGCGCUGUUAUUAUUACAUGGAAUGGGCGAUGAGGUGUCGGUAUAGAGACCCCAAUAAACCGUUACUAAAGAGAGCAUUGCAACCAAUUGUUGCCUACGAUAAUCGAGUGGAGUGUCAAACAUUAGAAGAGCUUCUUAUGAUUCAAUCCAACAGUUCUGCCUUACAUAUGGAAGCGCUUGUAAUUCGUGAACGUAUCUUAGGAUCAAAUAAUCCAGAACUCCCGCACCCUAUCAUAUUCAGAGGUGCUGUUUAUGCUGACAGCUCUCGCUUUGAUAGAUGUCUUCAACUAUGGUUACACGCAAUGAGAUUAAGAACACUUAACAGAGUUUCCAUUAAAAAAGAUUUAUUACGAUUUGCACAAGUCUUUAGUCAAAUAAUUAAUAUCUCACACGACUUACCUUUUGAUGCAUUGAAUGAAGUCAUGAAAACAGCAAUCAAUGAAUUAAAUAGAAAUAAAGAAUUCCUUUCUAAUUGUUCCGACGAUAUAUCAAAAGAUUUGAUUCAAGAAGAACUCGACGACAAUAUACACACAGCUCUCUAUCUUAUUGUCAUUAUUACAAAAAUAAUGAAAUUUUUAAGUAAUGAUGAAGAAUUUUUGUUAUGUCAAAUGAUAUAUCAUUUAAAUAAACUUAAUUUAAAGACAAAAGACGGUUCAUCUAUAUUACAUUUGAGUGUCAAUGCGGACACACCUAUUGACGACUUUUAUACUAAAAACGUUUGCAAGUUUCCGUGUGCCACUACAUCCAAAUUGUUGAUUCAAUGUGGAGCUAAUGUCAAUGCAAUAGAUGAACACAGGAACACACCAUUGCAUCUAAUCGUUGCCUAUCAGAAACCAAUUAGCGAUUUUCUUACACUUCAUGCCAUAACAACAGCACUCAUCGAGAGUGGCGCACAUAUGGAUGCCGUCAAUGAUAAAGAUAUGACAGCUUUGGAAGCGUCGACUACUGGUGUGGCGGAGAUAUUACUAAAGACACAAAUGAAAAUCACUCUCAAGUGUUUGUCCGCCAAAGCUAUCAAUAAGUAUGGACUCGAAUAUAGAGAUCUCUUUCCCGAACAAAUAGUACAUUUCAUUGAUAUUCACGGUAUUACUACCAAAUGUUGAUAUAAUUUAUUAUAUGAGAUAAAGUAUAUUAUUGUUAUUAUAUGUAUAUACAUUAG